UUCAAAAUAACAAGUUUCGAAAACCAGAAUACGACCGAAUGAGUAUGUUCACCAUCGCCCUUGACUCAUUCAAGGAAUUAUGCGAUGAGUGAGUUAGCGUCCGCAUGAAACUUGCGUGGAAGAUGGUAGCAGGCCAAGUUUAAAACGAAGACAAGGGUUGGACAUCACCAAGUCAAGGGCUUUUUGAGGACGGAAUCUUUGAGAGAAAAUCAUAACCUUUCUUCUUGUAUGGAGCCGCAUCCCUCAACCAAAAUAAAUAUCACAGUAGCCAGGCCGGUGUAGUAUCUUCCUUGAUUAAAAAUUCAAGCUAUCGAAUCGCCCUGUCAACUUCAGUUAUGGCUAUUUUAUUCAUUUUUAUAAGUUUUGAAAAGAAAAAAAAUUAUUUCAGGGCAGGUCUCAUCCGAGUUUAACCAGUUAUGAAUUCAUGAGAAACAACAGUCAUCUGAUUUUUGUCUAGAACUACGUACUGGCAGCAAACAUUCCGGGCCAGAUUCUUAGACUCGCCACAGCAGGAGCAUUGAGAUGGAAGUGAACAACAGGUAUAUCACAAUAACGAAACACAUACAGGGUUCGGCAAAGGAGUCUGAUUUCGAGCUCAAGGUUGCACCUCUUGGAUUAUCGGUGGAGCCUGGUUCCAAUGACAUUAUUGUGAAGAAUCUGUGUGUGUCAAUUGAUCCUUACCAGCUUAAUCGCAUGAAGAGUUACAGCUCCUCACAGAAAACAGUACAAGCUGCAGAUGGUAUCUCUCCCGGUCAGCCUAUUGAUGCUCUUGGAGUAGCCAAGGUUUUGGUUUCUGACAAUCCUGAAUUUGUGAAAGAUGACUUGGUUGUGGGGUUUGUUCACUGGGGAGAAUAUAGUGUAGUAAAAGGAGGAGGCAUGUUAAGGAAGGUGGACCCAAAAACUGAACUACCGUUAUCAUAUCAUGCUGGAAUUCUAGGAUUAAGUGGACUAACAGCCUAUGCUGGGCUGUUUGAAAUAUGCAAGCCCAAGAAGGGAGACAAAGUGUUUGUAUCUGCUGCUUGUGGAUCAGUUGGAAAUUUGGUGGGCCAGUAUGCAAAACUUUCUGGUUGCUAUGUAGUUGGAUGUGCUGGUAGCAGAGACAAGGUAGCAUUGCUAAAGGAGAAGCUUGGUUUUGAUGAUGCUUUCAACUACAAGGAAGAAACUGAUUUGAAUUCCGCUCUCACAAGGUACUUUCCUGAUGGGAUUGAUAUAUAUUUUGACAAUGUUGGAGCUGACAUGCUAGAAGCUGCUGUUGCUAAUUUGAAUCCCUUUGGUAGAGUAGCUGCAUGUGGAACAAUUGCUGAGUAUUCAGAAACUGCAAAACGAGCAGCACCAAAUAUGAUAGAUGUUAUAUACAAGAGGAUUAAAAUCCAAGGAUUUUUAGCCAUGGAUCACAAGAGCCUGCAUUCAGAUUUUCUUUCGACAACGACUGAAUACAUUCAAAAUGGCAAGAUUAAGGUGCAAGAGGACAUUUCUAUUGGUGUAGAAAGCAUCCCCUUAGCUUUCAUAGGACUAUUCAGAGGUGAUAAUGUUGGAAAGAAGAUUGUUAAAAUUGCAGAUGAGUGAUUAGGAAGAGAAAACUCAUUUUGUUUUUAUGAUCAAUAAACUACAAAGAAUAUUGCGACAUUGUUGAUCAAA